AUGGAAGAAGAGAGCGACUUUGGCGACGGAUGGGACGAUCCGGAUCUCGACAUUAGCAUCGCAGACGGCGACGAUGGAGCAUCCGAGCCGGAAACCGCGACGCCGCCGCAAACGGGUGGUCUUUUCUCGUCCGUCACUGCAACGCACGACCCCCGCCCAGCUUGGGAGCGGCACGGAUCGAAAGGACCGAAUGCCUCCAGUAAGGACGCAGGCCCUCAGGAGGAAGACCUUGUUCCCGAUGGAUGGGAUGACGACGGUUUAGACGAGGACGAUCUGUUGUCUGUAUCGUCGCCAGACAUUGACGGUCGAAAACCGCCAUCGAUCGCGAUGCCUUCCAGCUCUAUGAGUAUCGACGAGUAUGUACGGCACAAAUCCGGAGAUAAAGCACACGAGACCAACAACAUUUUUCUGAAGGGGGAUCGUCGUCCUGCUUGGGAGACGUCCAGCUUGUCUCACCAACCAGAGAGUGUUGCCCCCAGCACGUCGAUUCAGCAAGCCGAUUUUUUCGACGAUUCCUUCCGGAAAGCGGCCCAGAGCUUAUCACAAAAAAAGUCAGACAGUGUUGUUCUAUCGGCAGGUCUAUCUAUGAAUAAGCCCUCAAAACCCAACGAAUGGGGAGACGACGACGAUUUCUUCUCGGAUGAGAAGGAUUUUGACGACGAUACGGCUGGGCUAAAAGAUGCGAACACCACCGUAAAUGAGGCAGUUUCUACCGGUAAAAUGGAUCAGGAAUUGGAGCCCAAGAAGUCCUUUAGCGCUGGGCAGGGCGAGCAGCAAAUUACGAACCCAAGCGGGUGGGGAGAUGAUGACGAUCUUUUCAGCGAUGAAAGCAACGACACGCCGAAGGAAACUGUGAUACCCUCCGAGCAAAUUUCAUUGCCAGCCGUCCUUCCCUCUUCGGACGAUGCCACAGAUGGGUGGAACGACGAUUUUUCCUUCAACGAUGAAGAUGCAGCUGCGAUAGAAGAUGGCGACAGUGCUCCAACCGUAGCCCACCCUUCACUAAUUCCUGUGUAUCCGGCGGCUCGAUCCAGAUCACAUCUAUAUCAGGACCUAGAGGAAUAUCUGGAUCUGCUACCUCACCUGACGACAUCCAUUCACGCCGUUUUGGAAGCGGAAUACAACAUUCCAGAAAAAGCGUCAGAACUUCUUCAAUACUACGAAGAACGCCCGGGUCUCUUAGACUACACUGUGAACAAGGAGCUAUUGCGGAUGGACUACGAGUUGAUAGAGCCAAAUCCGCGCACUGGUGGUUGUCCCAUUACUGUGACUGACAAAACCUCGAUUGCACAAGCCCUGCGACAAGAUGAAAUGUCCUUGACGGGGCGUUGUGCGAACCAGUCACUCCUGGCUGAUUUACUACAAGUAUUGACUGGCCCUGAUCGUGUGGUCCGCCCACAGUACAUGGCAACAGCGGUAGCGACUUCUUGUAACUUUCAACUCGACUUGCAACAAUCUUGGGUACAGUGUCGUACCCGUCUUGAUCUUGGCUUGCCGACCGAAGACGGUCGUUGGAAAGUGGCAAACUUGGAUGUUUACAUUUCGGUCGUGCUCAACCCGGAGCAGCCGUAUGUAGAAUACCAAUUGGAGGCGAUCCACCCUGUGGCCCGCAAUGCGGAUUGGGCUGUUAAAAUUCAGAGAGUGGUAGAGGUUUUAGAAAGUCUUGACCUAGCCGAUGAUCAUAGCGAAGGUGUCGACAAUGCACAUUCAGAUAUCGACUACCGUGACGCUUUUUUGCAACAAUCCCAGUCUCUCAUGCAAAACUCAGUAGAAGGCAUGCGUUCCACCUUGCAAGAGAUUGACUCAAUUACAGGUCUGAGUAGCAAGAUGAAGCGAAUGCCAGCAUUCUUACCAGAUGAUGUAAUUCAGGCAGCUGAAGAGCACACGGCUUCAUCGCCACACCAUAGACCCCAGUCUAUUUUGGGCGGUUUUAUGAGACAGGGCUUGAGCCGACUUGCGAAGCAGGUGGCUCUUCCGGAGGAGGACCCAACGAUCUAUGAAGAGUGGAAGGGAUCAGCGGUCUCUAGAAAGCCUAUGCAACCUCGUGGACAGUCGCCAACUUUAACGACAGACCUGCGGGGGCUAAAGCAUCUACACGAAGCUAAGUUGUAUCGCUCUGUCUCGCCCAAACACCCGACAGUCUCACCACAAGUCACAAGGUCUCCGAAACAAGAGUUUCCAAAGCUGUAUUUUGGUGAGGCAGAAGCAGAUCGCAUGGAAUCAAUCUCCAUGACGAAAAAAUCACCUCGUUCAGGAGGUUUGCAAUUAUAUCGAGAAGAAAAUCGGCAAACAGCUGCAAAACCUGAGUCUCCGGUGACAAAGCAACUAGUUGAUCAGAAUCCUUCGAAACCCCCGACGCUUAUGUUUCCAAAGUUGUAUGGUACAGAAAGUGUCAGUACAAGUCCUCAAAACUACGGCAGCGAAUCGCAAUUUCCGCUCCCUCGUAGUCAUUCGAAACUUGGCAGGAAUCCUCUCCCCGACAAAAGCGUUCCUCAAGGUGAUGGCUGGGAUGACCAUGAUGACUUUUGUAAGGGAAUAUCUGAUGGCAGCUUUUCCGCCUCCGAUUUAUGGCAAUCGGGGUCCGAGCUCUGUGCACCUAUAAAACCAUCGUUUGUCGUGGAUGAUCCCAAUUUUGUCUACAAUCCAGUGGACGGUAUCAUCCCAACACGAACACGAUGGGUAAAUCCAUACCCAGGCAGUCGUCGGCUAUCGUCAUUCCAGGCUUAG